UCUGACCGUACAGAGUACUGUCGCAGUAGUUACAGGUACACACUCCCGACUUGUCAGCCCGAAUCCCAUUCGCCGCAGUGUCUCCGGCGAUUGCACAUCCUUCUGACGUUUCGUUUGCAACAAUUUCAAAAAUUUCGCAUGUUCAUCCAAUGAGCAUUGCUGCAUUAAACGGUGAAACAAUUGUGAAGAGUGGACACUUAAAUUGAAAAAUUCAUUUUGAAAUAUUUGAAAUAAUCAUCAUGAACAGACCUAAAGAUAUUCAGAAUUUUUCCGCUGAAGAGAUGACAGUUCUUUUAAACUCGUUCGAUACGGUUAUGACUGAUUGCGAUGGUGUUUUAUGGUUCCUGAACACUCCAAUACCAGGUGCAUUGGAGUCCCUGAAGACACUGCAGAGUCUCGGUAAACGAGUACUUUUUGUUUCCAACAAUAGCUUUCUGUUGGUUGAGGAUUACAUUGUGAAAUUGAGGAAAAUGGGUUUCGAGGCAACACCUGAACAAAUAGUCAUCCCGUCAUCAGUCAUUCUGUGGUAUUUGAGGAAGAUUAAAUUUCAAGGGAAAGCACUCGUCAUGGGAACUAUGCCCUUCAUAAAAGUCCUUCAAGACGGCGGAAUUGACGUUAUCACUUCGCCGACGACACUUGCAGAAGAUUACGCUUUAAUACCAGCUCUAGUAAAACUUGACCCAGCCGUUAGAGCAGUUAUCUUCGAUUUCGAUGCGAAUCUUAGCUGGACAAAGAUGUACCUGGCUUCGUUAUACUUAGCACAAGAGAAUGUCAUUUAUCUGACGGGGGCAUUGGAUAGAGAUCUGGUGUUUGGCAAAGACUUGCGGCUUUUAGGUAUAGGUCAAUUCUCUGAUAUUUUAGUAGAGCGAACUGGCAACAAACCCAUCGAAUGUGCAAAGCCGAGUGAACAGCUACAGCAUUAUUUAAUCGAAAAGUUGGAGAUAAAUGAUCCGAAGAGAUGUAUUUUCAUUGGAGACUCAUUAUCUGCUGACAUGAAGUUCGCCCAAUCCUGUGGAUUCAAGAAAUUGUGGGUUGGCUCAGGCCUCGACAAAAUAGAAUCCUGCGAGGCGCAGAAUACCCCAAUGAUAGCGGACUAUUACCUGUCGGAUCUGGGAGCUUUGAAUUCCCUCAUAAAGAAAUCCAGGACCAAUGAGUAUAAUCAACGGAGAACUCAAGAUUGAAAUUUUUGCAUUUAGUUCAUUAUAGAAUAUGAAUGAAAGGCUUGAUGCUGGGCCAUAAUCACUGCAGACAAUAAUGCAUUUGAAAAUAAUGUUUUUAACGUAUUUGUUAUUAGGACUACUGUAUCUGUUGGAUUUUUUGAGUGAAAAUAAUACGUAGCAAAAAUUAAUCUUA